GUAUCUGUGUGCGAACGAACGCGAGUCGCGUGAGAGAGUCAGAGUUACAAAAUUCAUGAACUGGUAUGGAGGAAUUCGAAAUCAUUGAACCUUAAUCUGCAAAAUCGAUCCUCGAUUCUUCGUCACAGCUUUUCCUUUUAGCCAAACAGGUACCUCUCCGACAUCAGCCGCUGUUCGUGUCUGCUGUGAUUCUCAAUUUGUCGUUUCUUCUCUUUGUUGAUUCAUCUGAGUGUUGAUUCGAUCGUCAAUUUCUGGAUUUGGAAAAUCUUAUUGCUCCAAUUCGAUUUGAGUAGUUAUUACGAAAUCGCCCGCAUGAUUCACUAGACCGAUUUCUUAUCUAUGCCCGGGUCGAUUGAACUCGAUAGGAGACUAGAGAUUUGUUCGGGUUCGUCUUGUUGGCUCGUCUCAGAAUUCAUUUUACUGGGUUCGAAAUCAUCCGACGAAUCUGAUAAUGGUGGCAUUAGUUUUUGCCAAUAGUCUGCGAAAUAUAUGGCCUUUUUCAGUAUUUAAGAACAAUGAGCUGAGGGAAUCAGAGGAGCUUGUUCGCAGACUUUCAGUUCCUGAGAGUACAAAGAACUUUGUUUUUGCAAUCAGAGUCCCUGAGCAUGAUUCGACUGUUUACUUACUUUCUGUUCAGAAUCUAUCUCAGAGAUCUGCUGUUGAUGCCGAGUGUCUUAUACGGGAAAUCCGCCCUGGCGCUGUAGUGGCUCAAGUAGACAAAUCAGCUUUUGGAGAAGCUCAAGUUGAGGAGAGUGUAUUAGGGGAUGGCUCAAGUGAUUCGAUCCCCACAUCAGCUUUUCAAGUUCUUAGACAGUGUUUUGUAGACAAGGUUAACAAAGAAAAUUACGAGAGUGUUGCAGGGAUCUUGGUUUUGAGGGAGAUUUUUGGAACAAGUUUUAAUGGACAUCUAUUGGCUGCCAAACGGGCGGCUGGGGAGGUUGGUUCAUCGUUUCUGGUGCUUGAAUCUCCAUUUGUAAAUAUCUCUGCCAUGGAAGCCUCCCCUGGAGAUACUGAACCAGGAGGCAAGAUGCAACGUCUAGCGAAUAGUCUCAUACCACAGUCUUCUGGCUCUACUGUAUUUGCAAGCUCGCGAAGGUUUCUGAUAACCAAUGAUGUACACGCACAGAUGCUGAAGUUGUUAUUUUUGCAGUUCAAUCAGCUCAGUAAAGAGCUUAGCCCAUCAAGCUGUGCUGCCAGUGUGGUUUCCAACGGAACACAGUCCGAUAGUCAUGAGGUUCCACCAUUUGCUCAAUCCAUCUAUUCCUUGCUUGUUGACCUCCAUGAUAUUUUUAGUGAUCUGCCAUCUAUUGGGAAAGCUCUAGCAAAUGCUAGAAAGAUGUUGUCUGAUGUAAAUACAGGGAAAUCCAUGGAUACAGAGGUUAUUUCUGAAGUAUACCUUUUCCAGAUUGCAGUUGAAGGUUUAAGAAUUGCUUUGAACAAUGCUGGUCGGCUACCCAUCAAGAACCUGGGAAGUUCAAGCCGAACCGAAGUUCAGUUUUCACAGCUCUCUUCUGACGACAAAUCUUAUGCACUUAUGGGUGAUCUUCUUCGAAGCCAGGCUAAAAAGUUUAAGAACGUAGUAGCAGUAGUAGAUGCAAGUAGCCUCGCAGGUCUUAGGAAGCACUGGAAAACUUGUGUUCCUCAGGAAAUCAAGGAAAUGUCUGAGCAUAUGCUACAAAAUUUUGAUAACGACCAGAAGACUAAUGACUCGAAGUUAAAACGACUGUUGUCUGAUAAACCGGUGGUAGCGGUUGGUGCAGGUGCGACUGCUAUCUGGGGUGCUUCAUCACUAUCCAAGGCCGUUUCUGCUUCUCCUUUCUUCAAGAUAUUAACUUUGAAAGUCCCAGCUUCAUUGAACGUUUUCUUGACACAUACCCAUAAGGCACUGACAUUUGCAUUUACCAAAGUGGCGUAUCCCUCAAAAGUAAUGGCCCCAGGUUUUGCUAGUUCUGGAGCCAAAUCAACGUCUUUAGUGAAAGCAUCUUUAUCCGCCGAGAAAAUCAGAGCAGUAACACAUAGUAUUAUAGCUUCUGCUGAAAAGACGAGCUUCUCUGCCAUGAGAGCUGCAUUCUAUGAGAUCAUGCGGAAAAGACGAGCAAAACCUAUUGGUGCCUUACCGUUGGCAACGUUUGGAGCCAGUCUUGCAACUUGUGCGGGAUUGCUCCUCUAUGGAGACGGGAUCGAAUGUGCAGCUGUGUCUCUUCCUUCAGCUCCUUCGAUUGCAAACUUGGGUCGAGGGAUUCAAAACUUACAUGAGGCGUCUCUGGAAGUGAGAAUUAGAGAAGGCAACAGGAUACAGAACGCAAUUGAGGCUCUUAGGCAAAGACUGAAGAAAGUCACCCUUAAAUGAAGAAGAGAGAAUACCUUUUUAUUCUCAUUAAAAAAAAAAAUUCUUUUUCUUUUAGCUACUGUAUAUAUUCUUGUGUUUUGUAGUAGAUACAUGUUUCUUGUUCA